UUGUUUAGGUCACACUGAGCCGGUCCUCAGCUUGCUUCGCCUGGAAAAAAUUGAUCAGCUGAAAAGUUUCUAGAAUUUCUGAAAAAAACUUCAAAGACAAUUUCACAGUAAUUAAACAUAAAAAAUAUUAAAAAGAGUUCUGUGCGGUUCAUAAUUAUUUACAGUGCAUACACGUAUGUAUUAAUACAUAUAUAUAUAUUUUUUAGAAACAACUAGAACGCUAUAAUAACAUAAACUAGCAUUUCGUGCGGCUUACGUGUUUCUUGCUAACUGUAAAAUUAUUAAAAAUAGUGCAACAAGUGUUUAACGCUUUUUUGUUCGAAUUGCGCGUAUCGGUAAGAGCAAGAGCGAGAGUGAGAUUGUGAUAGUGAUAGUGAUAGUGAGUGCAAGUUAAAGCAUUUGAAGCUAUGUCCGCUUCCACACGCAAUAAACACUCAAAGAUCCAUGGCAAUGAAAAGUUGGACAUAACCACGGAUGAGUUUGACCGCAUACGUCAGGCUUUAAGCAACGAAGAGUUUCGCAAAUUGUUCUUCGAUUACGUUGACGAAAUUCAAGAUCCGGAGAAUCGUAAGCUCUACGAGAAGGAGAUAACGCAGCUGGAAAAGGAGCGCGGCGUCGAUGUUACCUUUAUUCAUCCGCAGCCGGGCUUUGUGGUUAAAACGUCCAUUGAUGGUGAACUAAAGUGUUUCAUUAAUAUUGCCAGCUCCACGGUUGUGGAGCGGCCCAAUAAUGAGGUUUCGGUCAAUUCGCAAACUGGGCAGAAGGGUCUCAGCUGGUCCAUACCGAUGGCCCAGACACCGCCUCGCGAUGAUCUCGAUGCCAAUAACAAGCAAUGCAAAGUUUUUGAUGUCGUCUUCCAUCCGGAUGCACUGCAUCUGGGCAAGCGCAAUGCGCAGUUCCGUCAAUGCCUUAUAGAUACCGCACUGGAUGGUGUCGAGCGCGAGUAUAAGGUCAAUUUGGAUCGGGCCAAUCUCAAGUUUCCCAAGCUCGACUAUAAGGGUCUUGCGCGUCCUACCGUGCUGCGCAAAUUAUCCAAGGAUGCCACAGCCGAGGAACUCGAACCGCAUCCCCUCGAGCACAUGUACCCAAAGAAGCCGGCUGCAAACGCCGACCAGCCCAAGGUGCUGCCCAUGAAGACAAAAGUGACGCCUGCUCCAACGUUUGCCGUGCCCAAGUACAGCAUCAAGCACAGCCACGAUGUGGACCUGGCCGAGUACACAGACGAACUGGAUGCCAAACUGCAGGUGACUAUGCCACGUGCUCUGGUCGUUGAAAUCGAAUUGCCGCUGCUCAGCUCUACGGCUGACUGUCAGCUGGAUGUCACCGAGAAGUCCGUUUAUCUGCUCAGCGAGCGUCAAGGAGCCAAAUAUCGACUGAAGCUGGAUCUGCCGUACACGGUGAACGAUAAAGCCGGCAAUGCACGCUUCGAUACCGAGCACAGACGUCUGUGCAUAACGCUGCCCGUGGUGCGUUCCACGGCACGUGAACAGCGCAAUUUGCACGACACCGUGCGCGUGCUCACGCGCGAGGACAGCGGCGUGGAGCUCAACUCCAAUGGUGAAUCGCCCGUUGAAGAUGAAGCUGAAGCGGAAGUUGAAGCCGAUGCCAUUGUUGAGCUGCAGUCGCACGAUCAACGCGAUGUUUCCGAUGCAUUCCCGCCCACUGCCGUUGUUUCGCCCCGUUCGUUUCUGAAGGACAACCUGCACUAUAAGCUGCCCGCCUCGUUUGAUUGCAACAUACUGGACAAUGUGAUUGCCUUUGUGCUGCACGUGCCCAAUGUGCAACCGGAUUCUGUGCAGACACUGCAGCAGGCACGCAGCCUGCAUUUGCAAUUCGCCUCCAUGGGCAGUGGCUACUAUCCCACCCACUAUGCGUUCCUAGUGCAGCUGCCCGAUGGGCUUGAGCCGCAGCUGCAGAUCGAUCAUAUCGACGUGGAUGCCGCCGAUGAGAAUGUGGUCUUGAGACUGUAUAUGAAUGAGAACUGCAUGCUGCUGCCUAGCUAUCUGGCUGGACCCGAUAGCACUGAUCUCAAGGAAUAUCCAGUUUUUGGCCACUUUAACAACAACAACAAUAAUGAGAAAGAGUAUGAAGGCUGCAGCUUGGCUUCAGAGAAGUCACUGUAUAUUAACAUGGAUCACAAUGAUCUGGAGCAUGCAUUGGAGGUGAGCAUCAUGCCACAAGAGAGCACUGAUCCUCUAGAUAGUAUAGAGCUGCUGCAACAGCAACAACAACAACUGCAACAGCUGCAGCAGCAGAAGAAGCUAAACAAGAAGCAGCGCAAGCGCAACAAGAAGCAACGUUCGCUCUCUGAGUCUGCCUGUGAGGAGCUCAAGGCGGCACAGGAGGAGCUGCAGCUGCAGCACGAGAAGCAACAGCAGCAGCAGCAGCUGCCGUCGACACCCAAAGAUGCUUCGCCGGAGCGCUUGCAGAACGUGUCUCAACCGGUGGACACGCUAAAGCUGCCGCAGCGCAAGCAGCGCAGCUACUCGGAAUGCAAUGAGAGCAGCAGCUGUGUGCAGCGUGGCAUAUUGAAGCGCUUCAGUCGCUAUGGACCACGCCCCUCCAUAUCCGAUAGUUGCUCCUCAAUUGAUGAUUGCUCCUCAACAUAUUCGUGCUCAAUGGAUGCACCUGGUAUGGGUUUCUCACAAUCAUUUGGUGGCAUACCCGAGGAGCGUAGCGGAGAGGGAGAUGUAGGUCUAUCGGAGAGCUGCAAGAAGACUGUUAGAUUUAAUGAUCACAUCAUGAAGCAAGUGUUCAGGCUCGACUCGAGCAUACUGGGCCAGCGAAAGAAGAAUCAAAAGCGACGCGAUUGCAAAUUGCGCGCCCAACAGCGUCGCCUCAGCGAGGGCGACUCGGCGGACUACGAGGAGGUGGAGCAUGGCAAUGGCCAGCAGCCGCCCGCCCACAAGACCGCUGCCAAUGCACAGUAUUUCAAGCAGCCGAACAAUAAUAAUGGUCACGACCAGGACAAGAACAAGAAGCUGUCGAUGCACGAUAGCGGUCUGGACUUGACCAACAACAACAAUCACAACAACGAAGAGGAAACUAAACGCAAUGAGGCUGAUGCCAAGAAUGCCAUGAUGUUUGAAAUGGAUGACGAUGACGAGGAUGAGGAUGAGGAUAUGUAAGAGCACCUCGAGCGCUCGUUACAGCAACUGUGCGUGUGUUAUUUUUCGAGGAAAAUUUUAAAAAGGAAUUUUUGAAGCUACUUUUAUUGUACUGAUAUAUAUAUAUAUAUUUUUUUUUUGUGAAACAAGAGUUUCUAAUUGUAAAUGGUAAACGUUGUUUAUCUGCAAACAGGCGCUCAAUUUAAUAACCAUAUACAAUUGCAAAUUGUUUAGGUACACACCCAAAUACUAUAUAUAUAUAUAUAUAUGUAUAUUUAAACUAAGUGAAUAUAUAUAUAUAUAUAUGUAAAGAAUGAAGGAUAAAUCAGGGCUAACAACAAAAUCAAAAUGAACACAAAAAUUCACUUAUGUACAUGGUUAUAUACAUACAUACAUAAAUAAUUGUUAUUUAAUUUGGUUAAACAUAAAUUGGAAAAAUUGUUAAAUUGAAACGUUCUCAUAAUAAUUAAUUUUAGAUUGUACAAAACGCAUUACCAUCUGAUUAUACAUACACGCGCAUGCAUACAAAACAAA